AUGGAUUGCCACCUGAUGUACCAUGGUCAUGAACUUUCCAAAUACGUCAAUGCUGCCAUUGCCACUAUCAAGACCAAUGCAGUAUUCAGUUUGUGGUCUGACUGGGCCAAGGUCCAGAAAGCUGUGUCCAUGCUGGGCCAGACAACCACCACUGAGGCCAGGGCUCACCUAGAUCACAAGUUUGAUCUGAUGUAUGCCAAGAAUGCCAUUGUGCACUGGUAUGUGGGUGAAAGUAUGAAGGAGGGAGAGUUUUCUGAGGCCCAUGAAGACAUGAUUGCCCUAGAGAAGGAGUAUGAGGAAGUUGGUUUGGAUUCUCUUGAAGAAGAGAGUGAGAAGGAAGGAGAGGAGUACUAA